AUGUAUGGACACAACGGCAAUCAGUGGCCAAUCACCGCACCGAUAGUGCCGCAGACACUGGCGUACGGCCAUCAGGUGGCCAUCGGAUCCACGCAAUUGCCACCCAAUCAGCAACACAUCGCUUAUUAUCAACAAAACCAUGCAUUCAAUCCGCACUCAAACCAAUUGCCGGCUAAUUAUUUCUAUAAAUAUCAACCACAUCUUCAGCAACCGUCACACCAUGGGAUCAGCUCUGCAUACCCACCGCAAAUCAAUCACAUGUUCACUCAAUCGCCGCAAACGUAUCCAUCGCCUCAACGCAUGCCAUCGAUGGCCAUCAAUCAGUCUUCAGGUCACGCGAACCACAACUUAAGACAAAUACAGACCACAAACCCGUACGAAGACACCCAUUGGCAUCACCUCUUGAACGCCAAUCAGCGGCAAGUGUUGGAUCAGCUGAACCAAGAACAGGAGGCCUUCGACACGACGUUCAAGAACUGGGAGAAGGACUUCGAGAACUGGAAACUCGCCAAUAGAUCCCAUCCCGAUGUCAACGCUUACCACUCGUACGUCAAUCAGUGGCAGACAUGGAGUCAACGGCUCGUUGAACGCCAGCAACAGAUGCAAGAACUCAGGCAAAGAACUCUUCAGCAGUUGUACAGUCAGGUCAUGCAAUCGCAGCCAAAACCACCGCAAUCUCAACCCCCACUCCCACCCGAACCCAUCCCAUCUCAUAGACCACCGCCGCCUCUACCUCAAGAGGUUACAGCACCUCCACCACCACCACCACCACCACCGGCCCCUCCAUCACAACCCCAUUCACAUCAAAGCCAUAAGAAGUUGGACUCAAGUGAUAGCAAACUACACGACAAUACAAAUGAGGAGAAUCUUGUGAUCUCUAUGUUUAGGGACGAAUCGAACGACUCGAUUGAGAUAAUCACCGAACAGUCGAAGAAUGAUAGGUCUGUGGAAGUGAUUGAAAUCGAUUGCGGGAACAAAGGUGUGAACCAAUCAACACAUCAACAAAAGCCGAGCGAAUCAAACAGAGAGCUGUCUUCAGCCGAAUCGACGGCUGUGUCCAAAGCGGCCGAAGCCAUGCGAUUCAUUCAGAAACAGCAGGAGUUGCUGAAGACGUUGGAGAACUUCAAGAGCGCGUCCGCCACGUCGUCGGCCAACACGUCCCUCAACGAUGACCUGCAGGUGAUUGACGGCCCGAAAGGCUUUGAUGUCAACGAUAUUGUGAACAAAAUGAAAGCCAUUCGUCCGCCAGAAAACCCGAACCCAAACAUUAUCUCCAGAUUGCCAUCACUUCAGGGAAUAGGUCUCAACGCAAACCAACAAAACUCUGUACAAAAUAACAGUAUUCACGACCGGUUUGGACAGACAUUUGGCAAUACAGGUGCCAAUCAGAUACCUAACUAUAGAAUGCAAGCCAUGAGAUACAGACAACCCAUGGAUUUACAACAGAAUCGGCCCCAAAGACCUCAGUUCCCAAUCGGUGCGAACAACAGACCUCCCGUUCCGUCGCAUAAUCAAAGUACUUCAAACAGAGAGCUGUCUUCAGCCGAAUCGACGGCUGUGUCCAAAGCGGCCGAAGCCAUGCGAUUCAUUCAGAAACAGCAGGAGUUGCUGAAGACGUUGGAGAACUUCAAGAGCGCGUCCGCCACGUCUUCGGCCAAUACGUCCCUCAACGACGACCUGCAGGUGAUUAACGGCCCGAAAGGCUUUGAUGUCAACGAUAUUGUGAACAAAAUGAAAGCCAUUCGUCCGCCAGAAAACCCGAACCCAAACAUUAUCUCCGAAUUGCCAUCACUUCAGAGAAUAGGUCUCAACGCAAACCAACAAAACUCUGUACAAAAUAACAGUAUUCACGACCGGUUUGGACAGACAUUUGGCAAUACAGGUGCCAAUCAGAUGCCUAACUAUAGAAUGCAAGCCAUGAGAUAUAGACAACCCAUGGAUUUACAACAGAAUCGGCCCCAAAGACCUCAGUUCCCAAUCGGUGCGAACAACAGACCUCCCGUUCCGUCGCAUAAUCAAAGUGUCCGCCAAUACUCGGCGCAAACCAUAGACUAUAACCACAACCGACACGACAACAGAGAUCUGCAGCGAAGGGAUCAGUUGUCAGCGGAUUAUUCGCAGAAAUCAUUUGAUAAACCUUUUGAUAACAUUCUUAGUCAUGAAAUGAACAGAAAUUUUAGGUUUGAAAACGAAAAUAAUGACAAAUUAAGGCAUUCAUUCGGUAAUAACCAGAAACUACCAGUGCUUCCCAUGAGGCCAGUGGUCGAAGAGACGGUUAGCUUUCGGGAGAUCCGGUACUUCGCUCAGCCCAAGAAUCGUAUACUCAUUAUCGACGACCUGCUGACCCCUCCUACGCGAGAGUAUCGACCCAAACACAUAGCAAUCAUAUUGCGAGGACUGCCCGGUUCUGGGAAGUCAUAUAUAGCUAAAUUGAUUAAAGAUAGGGAAGUGGAGUUCGGCGGAAGUCCGCCGCGAAUACUAAGUAUUGACGACUACUUCAUGAGUGAAGUCGAGAGAGAGACCAAAGACAGAGAAACGGGAAAAACGACUAAAAUCAAGGAAUUUGUGUUUGAAUUCGAGGCCGACAUGGAGUCGACGUAUAAGUCGAGUCUCCUGAAGACCUAUAAGAAGACGUUGGAUGACAAGAGCUACUCGUUUGUGAUCGUCGACACCGUCAACGAGUUGGUUACAGACAUCGAAGACUUUUACAGCUAUGCCAUCAAGAGUUCGUUUGUGGUGUAUGUCAUUGAAUGCGAUUCAAACAACGCUGUGGUUUGCCAUCAAAGCAAUGUCCACAACCGGAAGCUCGAAGACAUUCAACUCAUUCAUAAGAAAUGGCAAAAAUUGCCGGAAUUUAUGCUUAAACUCGACGUCCGAGCGCUUCUGCAGAACGUACUUUGGCUGAGUCUUUACGCCGCAAAACAGGCGAAGCCUUCGGAGGAGGACUUUGAAGACGAGGGCUUUGGUCCCACACAUACCGUGAGUCGAUGGGAGCGCAUGGAGGCAUCGGAAGCAAAAUUAGAUCGACUCGAUUCGUAUAAAAUGAAAACUAAGCCAACGUUUGACGACUACUUACAAGUGACACAUCGGCUCCGGGAUGGCCAGAAAGGGGUGCGAUGGGCUGAUGUGGAGGAGCGGAAACGACAGGAACACAGCAGUCAAAUAGGGUUUGUCGUCGGACAGCAAAACUGGCAAUAUUUGGAUGACCAGCGAUGCCAGAGAGCACUCACGCAAGUCACCUAUUUUUGACCACUUCACUUUUCAUACUCGUAUUGAACACCAGUUU